AUUUUCAUACAACAUCAAUAAUUUUCAGUCACAAUGGCAGCUGCGGAUCUCAAGAGCAAGAAGCGCAAAAGCGCUGCAGAUGCUGCGCCCAAGCCGAAGAAGCAGAAGAAAUCGGACGCGACCGCAGCCGCGCCGAAGAAGUCUACCAAAGCCCUCAAAGCCGCCGUCGAGCCCAUUGAUUCCCUUUCGGCCAAUGUCAAGCCAGCCCGCAGGCAGGACGAGGUUUUCAUCUCCGGCAGCGAAGCGCCGGUGAAGGAGAAGAAGCCCAAGAAGAGCAAGGCUGCAGCAGCAGUCAAUGGCGACAAGGAUGCUGCGGUCAAUGCGAAGCUGGAUACAUCCAAAGCAAAAGAAAAGCCGGGAAAGAAGGGAAAGAAAGGCCAGGUACCGGAUGCAGAAGCGGCACCCGCACCUGAGGCGCCAAAGAAGAAGUCCCAGAAGUCGAAGAAGGGCAGGCAGUCGGAUAAGGCCGAGGCUGUACCCCUCGUAGAAGUCAUCACAACUGUCACAGAGGUUGAACAGCCUGCCCCAGCCAAGGACAAGAAGUCUAAGAAAGCGAAGAAAUCUAAGGCGAAAGAAGAGCCAAAGGGAGAGGUCGCCGAAGCUAUUGCGGAGGCGAAUGGUGCGGAAGAUGACGAAGACGUGGAUGACCAGACCGCUGCCCUGCUCGCCGGCUUCGAAAGCGAAGGCGAUGAAGAAGACCUGGGGAAGGAGGAUGAAGAUAUUGGCGAGGAUGUCGCGAAUACCCCUCAGCUCUCCAAGAAGGCGCGCAAACAGCUGGAGAUUGCGGCAAAGAAGGAUGAACCUGGCGUUAUCUUCCUUGGCCGUAUUCCCCACGGUUUCUUCGAGCCACAGAUGAAGCAGUACUUCUCGCAAUUUGGCCAUGUCACUCGCCUCCGACUCUCCCGGAACAAGAAGACCGGUGCCUCAAAGCACUACGCCUUUAUCGAGUUCGCCUCCGCGGAGGUUGCCGACAUUGUUGCUAAGACGAUGGACAAGUAUCUCAUGUUCGGCCACAUUCUUCAGUGCAGACGAGUGCAUGCAGAGCAGGUCCAUCCGGAACUCUUCAAAGGCGCCAACCAACGCUUCAAGGUUGACCCGCGAAACAAGAAGGCCGGUCUUGCCAUGGAGCGUGGCGCAGAACGUGCUCAAUGGGAGAAGCGAAUCGAGAAAGAGUCGGAGCGGAGGGCCGAGAAAGCCAAGGAGCUCAAAGAUGAGUUUGAUUAUGAAUAUACAGCACCAGCACUCAAGGCUGUCGAGGACGUGCCCCGAAAAGCUCCAGCUAUAGAAGGCGGAGCAGCUCAGCAGUUGCUCACCGAGGCAGUAGCAGCUGAGGAAGCUACAGAGGUUGUUCAGGUCAUUGAGUCAACCCCGGAUCAACUUUCCGUCACCGACACCGUGAAGGUCAAGAAGCCUAAGGAGGGUGCCAAAGGCAAGCGCCAGACUAAGCCAGUGGCGAAUGAGGUUACCGAGCAAUCCGAGCCCGUCCAGGCGGAGAAGAAAGGCAAGAAAGUCAAGAAGCAAAACUUCGACGCUGUUGUGGAAGCGAAUGAGGAGGCCAAAGACAUCCCUGUUGAGCCCUCAACCUCUAAACCCAAGAAGGCGAAGAAAGAGACUCUGAAGGCCGACGAGGAUACCGUCAAGGAGAAGAAACGGAAAGCCAAAUCCGCUGAUCAGGACGUAACCAAGCCCAAGAAGGCGAAGAAGGCUAAGGCCUGAGGAGCCUUACACUUUAGUGUCUUCUCGAGUAUAUCUAACAGGGGGAUGAGGGUGGCGUAAAAGUUUUACGACGGAUAGGGCGUAUACAUCUUAGCGGAUAUUGCGUUUUUCGAUCUCCUUCGUACGGAGCAGAACGCAGUUAUUUAGCGUUAGCAGCGGUCAAGCAGAGAUACCUUCAUGAUGACAUGAUCUACGCUAUCUAUAAAUGCAAAUUGAC